AUGGAUCUGCUUCGGAGCCCACCGCCGGCCACGCACACAGCGGAGGCCAGCCUCCACUCGCCGCCGUUCCGUCUCCAAUCAACCCCAGAGUACCGCCAUCUGCAACAGCCGAGCAUGCCAGAGUUCCCCUUUCUUUUCUUUUCAUGUGUAAUAGCCAAAAUGAUGUGCUUUACACUUACAACGACUGAAUCAGAGCAAGCCUCCUGCCAGUUCCACCAGGUAACACUCUGCAGUGAUGGUGGUAACGAGUACAGAGUACAGAGUACAGACACAUGUGCAAAGCUCAGGCAGAAUCAAUGGCUGGGACUGGGAGAUGAUCGUCGCUCCAAUGGAUCCCUAAUUGUAUAUCUGUCCCUAUCAAUGCAAAUGCUGAGCCAUGUUCCACUUUUACUGCUCUACGUUAUAUUUUCACUGCUGAAGAGGGUUCUGGUGGCGAUGCCGAUUAUCGUCGAGAGGUUCGUGGACUGCACGGUGUCAUGGCUGCCGAUGUACGGAGAGGCAAAGCUGCUGCUCGUCAUCUACCUAUGGCACACCAGCACACGGGGUGCGGGGCACGUGUACGAUGGCUUCCUCCAUCCGCUGGUGUCGUGGCACGAGGCCGACAUCGACCGGGGCCUGCUUGAUUUGAAGGCGAGGGACGUGACGGCGUCACAACUUAAGGCGGUGGCUGCCAUCGGUCAAGUGUGGCUCGUCGAGGCUGCCCGCUGUGUUUCGUCGCAGCUACAUGCCACGAGAUCAGGCCGGGAAGGCGCCACACAUUGA